UUCGGAGUAUCAAGUCUGAUUACAAUGGGGAAGUCGCAACGCCCCCCAACUGCAAAGUUCAACCACGACCGUUGUUGCCCAGGUCAGGGUAGGUUUCUACGCCACAUCGUCCCACACGUCCAUUGACAUUCAGUUCCUACAGAUUCACUCAAAUUUCUCGACCAUGGCAGCGGCUCCACACGGCUCUAACCAACUGGACACGCUCGAACAACAUGCUUACGCCACUCGACAGGAUGAAAAUAAUCAAGUCACGGUGGUUGAGGAGCUACGUGGUCGUAACUCUCAAACCUCUCUGUUACAAUUGCCGGACAAAAUUCUUCUAUCGAUUGUCGAGUACAACACCCAUAUAUUUAGGUGGCUGGCCUGGCGCAGUAUAACGAACAUCCGCCUACAUAUGGUGAAAUACAAGAUCCUCGCCAUGUCGCAAGUCUGUCACAAGUUGAGAAGCCUGUUGACAUCCUCACCCGACCCUUGGACGGUGAUAAUUUCAUUGCCGUACACAACUACGUCUUUCGUGCUUGAGCUCCUCCACCGAGCGACACCACGUCCUGUUGACUUUAUAGCAGUGACCGAUGCACCCUACAGAAGUCUACUUCCCCAACUGCAAGCUGCCCUCCCAGUCAUGCGCUCAGUGGCAAUAGAACUCUCUCCAGGCUUCGAUGACGUGAGGCCAGAUGACUUCCAACCCAUCUCCGGUGUUGCCCCCCAUCUGCGCUCGCUCAUGCUGACGCACCCUGUUGUGUCUGAGACUCGAAGGAUGUUAAUUCCUAGCAUCUUUGACGAUGUCGAUUGCCCCGAAAUAGUCUCGUUGGAGGUCGUGAACAUGACCUUUUCCCCUGCCCAGUUCGCAUGGUCCGGGCAGUUGACUCGCCUCGUUCUGCUCGUUGACCCAGAACCCGUAUCGGAGUUCUUGUCCCCGCUCAUUCUAGAGUUGCACUUUCUACUCGUGAACGUCUUAAGCCACGUACCUCUCCUUGAGGACCUCGAGCUUGGCGGCGUGUUACGCCCGGAAAAGAACAAUUACCAGUUACUGUCAGGAAUCGAAGUUGACCUGUGCCAGCUUCAGCAACUGCGCGUCACCAACCAUGGGCGAUCGCCGUCACUCUUAUUGAAACAUAUCAACAUUCCGGUCAGUGCCAGAAUACAUCUCGACUUCAAAUCGUGUAUGCACCAGAGUUCCGUGCGGGAAUUGGUAGAAAUUGUGAGCCAAAAGCUUUGUGCCGGUGUCACAUCGCUCAGUGGAUUUGCUGUAAGACCUGUCACCGGUGGUGGACAAGGCGCCUUCAUCGAGGGAUACACGGAAGUCGAUUCUAUGACCGAAAUCCUUUCGGAAGAUAGGUAUCUAUUCCGAGUCUUCGUACCGUCGCCUUUCCAACAGCAACUAUGGCCAUCAACGUUUUUGGCCACACUUGCCCGACUACCAUUGGGCAACGUCAAAAUAUUCCACAUGGAUAUGUGGUCCUCCGGCUGCUCCAUUAGCAAUGUGGAGACGCUUCUUCGAGCGAUGCCACUUAUUCAUACACUCUCCUGGUCAGAGCGUACUCUUAAACAUCUGGCCUCGUUCCUUAUGGCAGACUCCAAGGAAGUCGAGGAGGCGGAAGAGGUCAACCUGUCUAACAAGCACCUGCUCUUAUCUUCUUUGAAAAGCUUGAUCAUCCGAGGCGUCGAAUUGGGCGGUGAUUCCGAAGCCAUUCAGGCUUUCCAAAGUCUAUGUCUGGCGUUGAAGGAACGUCAGAUGCUGCAGAUACCCAUCCACUCACUCUUACUUUAUGAUUGCACCGAAGUAUCCGAAGAAGACCUCCGGCUACUUGCUUCGUAUGUUAUUGAAUGCUUUUACGAUGACACCCUUAUCUCUGUCUAGGCCUGCGAUUCCUUCCUGACUCAUUUGCUUUCUUGCAAGGUCUCUAUGUUGUCCCACAUGCUAUGUACUGCGCCCGUUGAAUGUCUUUGCUAUGUUACAACCAAGUUGUUAUGCUUUCACCUACGGCCUGCAGAAUGCGUGUUCGAAAACGAUUACUGGAUUGCGGAUUAGCGAAUGAGUCUGUGGCUCAUUGACGAAAGACUGUUAAUCAGACUGUUCAUGCGGAUCUAGACGUCGAUGAGGACAUCACAAUGUUUCGAUUCCUGGGAAGAGUUACAGUAAUUCUUUUCGUCCUCAGCUCCCUCAAGCUACGUAAGGCCUUCGGCGGAACCGAAGGAAAGUGGGAUUGAGUGGCAAAUUCUCAUCGAGAGGAGGAAAAAUAAUAUGUAUCUUGAACA